AUGCCCUGCAUCGACGUCGGUUGCGGUUUCGACGAGAUCAGCCAGGAACCGUUCAACAUCAAGAACAUCGACAUAUUCUCGACGGACUUGAGGCCCAGCACGCACACCAACGAUUACUUUUCCAGCAUUCCCGGUGCUCCGUUGCACGGGUACGUUAGCCAAACGAUGGCGAGCGAGGAGGAUCGCUCCAAGUCCUGCCACACGUUGUUGCAGGAGAGCUUCGACGAGCGGUUGGGGAAAGUGAAAAUACACGUGCCGGCUGUUAGAAACAAACCGCUGAAUAUCAAGUUGAUAACUAGAAGGCCUACGGGAUUUAUCGCGCCGAUUCCAUCCAGUGUUUCGGACGUUUCGACUGAGCCUGGCGUGUUCCGGCAAGAGCAAACGGAACAUUCGAUUAGAAUUGAACGGUUUCACCAGGAGAAAAUAGGUAGUGUCGUAAUAACUUUGCCCAAUGUACCGCACAAUUCGAGAAAUUCGAAGAUUUUGCAUAGAACACCGACUGGUUUCAUAGGGCCGAUCAUUGAUGAUAGCUAUGAUACUAUCGAUUAUAGCUCGAAUCAAAAUAGUUCUGGUGAAUUGAAUAACACCUAUGUACCUUUUAGCCCUUACUACAUUAACACUAAUGUAGAAGAAAAUAAUUUAAGUCAAGAGAACUUUGAAGAUGGAUCUAACGAGGUUGUGACGAGUGAAAAUGAUGAAUUACCGAAUGAUAUUUCAAAUGAGCCUGUUGUUAAUAAUUCAAGUGGAGCUAUUGAUCCCCAACCAAAUGCUACAUCAAACAAUAACGAUAAUAAUAAUAAUGAUGAUAAUAAUAACAAUAACAAUGAUAAUAAUAAUAAUAAUGUUAGUAAUGAUAAUAAUGGUCAAGGGCAAGAGAGCACAAACGAUACAGGGGAAUCUUGUGAAUCUAGGCAAAAUGAAGAACGAUUCAAUGUAAAUGUAAAUAUUCCCCACCUUUCCUGCAAAAAUCUCUGGGAAGACAUGUUAGUGGAAGUAAAACUUCUAAAUAGGCGACCCAUUAAAAUUAACAAGUUUCUCAACAACGAUACUGAAUCUGAAGAGCCAAUUGUGCCAGAACAAGAAAUAUGCAAGAACGAAAUGGCUCCUUUACUUAAUGAACCAUUACACGAACUCCCAAAUGCGACUGAAAAUAUAUUUCCUGUACCAAACGAACCGCCUAUUGGAACUGAAAAUAUAUUUUGUGUACCAAAGGAACCCCAAAAUGAAGCUGAUAAUAUAUUUUGUGUGUCAUACGAACCCCCAAAAGAAGCUGAAAAUAUAUUUCCUGUGCCAAACGAACUCCCUAUUGGAAUUGAAAAUAUAUUUUGUGUACCAAACGAACCCCCAAAAGAAGCAGAAAAUAUAUUUUGUGUACCAAACGAACCCCCUAUUGGCAGUGUAACAAGUGACAAAUUACCGCAUCAAGAAAUCCCCAAUCAGACACCGACAGGAUUCAAUGUAAAUGUAAAUAUUCCCCACGUUUCCUGCAAAAAUCUCUGGGAAGACAUGUUAGUGGAAGUAAAACUUCUAAAUAGGCGACCAAUUAAAAUUAACAAGUUUCUCAACAACGAUACUGAAUCUGAAGAGCCAAUUGUGCCAGAACAAGGAAUAUGCAAUAACGAAAUGGCUCCAUUACUCAAUGAACCGACACAAGAACCCCCCAAUGAAGCUGAAAAUAUAUUUCCUGUACCAAACGAACCCCAAAAUCAAGCUGAAAAUAUAUUUUGCGUGUCACAAGAACCCCCAAAUGAAGCAGAAAAUAUAUUUCCUGUACCAAACGAACCCCCUAAUGAAACUGAAAAUAUAUUUUGUGUAUCACACGAACCCCCAAAUGAACCAGAAAAUAUAUUUUCAGGCAGUGUAAUCCAGCAAAGCUUCAUUGAAAGAUUAGGUGAGGUGUGUUUAAGAGUGCCAGCAUUUAGAUACAAACCGCCCAAUUUCAAAAUAGUAACCAGAAUACCGACCGGACCGGUUAGCCCAUCCGGUGGUAGUUUAUCCGAUGAAGUUAGUAACUCCACAAACGAAUGCUCCGUCGUAGAUCACUCGGCUGUUCCAAAUCCUUCAGAAUUUCAUAGAAUUAACAAUGUGGGACACAGCGAAGUCGAAUACAGCAUAAUUCAUGAAAGCUUCAACGAACGCAUCGGUAACGUAACUAUAAGAGUACCAACAGCUUUUAACAAACCUCCGAACAUAAACCUCAUCAACAGGACACCGACCGGUUUCAUUCGACCGGCGAUCGACGAGAGUAGUUUAGAUUCAUUCGAAUUCGCCGAUUACGCUGUGGAUUCCCUUCCAGAGAACUUGGUAACCGAUAGCAAAAACAUCGGCCUAAUCGUGAAGACCAAGUCGCACCAAACCGGCCUGGAAUUGGACGAUACCUCCGGCAAUAUAAUUUUUUUAGUUAACAAACUGGUCAGCAUCAUUUGUCAAGAAUACGUUAUUCACAAGGAGUCCGAUGAAUCCCGCGAGAAUUGCGCAGAUGGUGAAAAGGUCGAUCAAAUCCAAAAAAUUAUUAUAAAACUUUCAUCAACUAGUGUCUCAACUUUAUCCGAUUCCGUUGAAAGUAGAGAUGUAUGUGUCGAUAAUAUCGAUGUAACAAUAUUUGGUACAAAAGAAGAAACCAAUAGUCAUACAAAACCAGGAAACAACGAGACAAAUAAACAGGAGGUUAUCGAUAACGAAGAAAACUCUAGCACUCCGGAGGAAAAUGACGUUUGUACUGAAGAUGCUUCAGCGAUAAUCGGUAAUACACCAUCAGGCGAUAAAGAUGAUAAGGGCGAAAGUACCAUCGAUGAAGAAGAAACUGUUUGUGUAGCAAACCGAAAUGAGAAUGGAAACUCACCAACAAUCAGUCCAAUAGAUAAAGGAGAUUUCGCUGUACAAGAGGUUUGCAAUACACCCAAAGAAGAACCAAAAUCGCGAGUCGAAAACGAGAAAAAUCCCAAAAUCAAUUUCAUCGUACCGUCUACAUCUACAAAACCAAAAUUAAUCCAUCGCAAACCGACUGGUUACAUCCAUCCCGAAUACCUCAAGGAAAUGGACCCGAAACCGAGGCUGCGAGGCCCAGCGAGGUUCGCCCUACAAUACGAUGAGUUCGUCGUUAGAGACUAUUGGACGAAAUCGAAACCAAACAAAAAGAGAUUACCUGCGCACCAAGACACCCCCCGGUGUUCGAUGAUGGUGCCUAUGGCGUACUCCUCCAUCGCGCCGUUACCGGCCACCAGGGAGUCCCCCAUGGCCGCCACCACGUCGAUGUCUCCGGGUCUGAGCCGGUGGACGCUGGAUGGCGCGGUCGAGGAUCGGCCGACGCCCGGCUUGGUGGCGUUGGCGCAAGGAAAUGGCACGUUCGGGGAGAAAAUCGGCUGGCGUCUGAUGUUCGCUUUUCUGUGA